UUGAAAAGAAUAUUUCACACGUUACACUAAAUACUGAAGACUGAAAAUGGCAUUUCGCUAUUGACGGCGACAAUUCUGUUCACCGAUUAAAAACUAACAAGUGUGUGUGCUCCCUGCAACAGGUGUGGAAAAUGCCCGAUGACAAAUAAACAACAGUUGCGUGUCGCUCAUUAGGGUAGAAUGGCGCGUCUAUGCUUACUCCUCAUAAUUUGUUAUUUUGCGGUUGUUAUCGCGAAGGGAGGCGGCCGAAGUGGAGGGGGGCGCGGUCGGAGCAGCUCCUCUGGGAGGUCAAGCCAUUCCUAUCCCUCGUCUAAUAGUUUGUCAGGCAAUUCUGCGGGCACCGGCCACCAUACAAACGCUCACACUUACCCCGAAAGUACGGGGAUAUCAGGAAACAAUCAUAAAUCGCCGAGCUACACGCAAAAAAGUGAAGUGCAUCACCACUACCAUUAUUUCCCGCCGAAACAAAUUAGCUACGGGUCCCAACAGCAUCCAGUCUUCGUCGGGAACCCACCUAGCUAUGUCUACGUGUACAAAAAUUCCGGCAGCAGAUUCGACACUAUAUUGACUGGCCUUGCUUUGUACAAUUUGGGCAGGUGGUCCACUCACUCGCAUCACUCUCACCGCGGCGAAUACUCCGGCACUCCGGGCGAAGUGUGCAAAUUAGGUAUAAGCAAAAGCAAUGGAGAAUACGAGGAAACACGAAUCGACUGCAAACUUAUGUCGAGUUUCAUAUGGGAUGCCGAACGCGAAAGAGAGCACAUAGCAACAAAAACGACCACAAAUGUGACUCAGAUUACGAAUGACGGCAAUUCGACAGUUAUUAUUCAAAAUACAACAGUAAAAGAAGCUUUGCAAGAUAAAGGUACUUCCAUAAAAGUUACUCCAGACAUGCGAUGCUUUAUGAUACAUAUUGGGAGAGAUUCUUCGAUGUUAAAGAAGAAUGUAGAGUGCGGUUUACUUCAGGAAUACGCUGCGAAAUCUUUGCGCCUUAAAUAUUACACCGAUCGAUGUGCGCGCAUGGUUCCAGCAGCGAUAUCAUUGGUGAUCACCUUUAUAAUAGCACUGCCGGGUUAGAUCAGUUUGGUGCUCAGAAUGGUUUCUUAUCCAAGAAAUUUCUGGUAACAUUAAAACUUGGUUAUUCGGACUUACGUCGGCGGUAUGGGUGAACAUUCCCUCAUAAAUAAUUAUGAUUAUGUUUUGCUCAAUUUUUUUUUGUGAUUGUGACAAACCAUUAGAAAUGAUAAGUGUCGGCAAACAAUGGUAACUUUCAAAGUAAAUUGUGUUGUUUUGUAUUGUGGAUCCCUGACCUAAAAAUGGUUUCACUUUCAUGCACCAGAUUCUUUCAUCGUGUCUGUAUAAUACUUUUACUAAAUUGACGACUAGGAGCUCUUUCAUACUAUAAUAAAGCCAUACUCGAUGUGCACUGUUUACCAACAAACCAAAUUAGAAAUUAAGUUAAAAAAAGCUUGUCAUUUCAUAACUUAUUCAUUUUAAAUUAUGUAUUGUUUUUUUUAUAAAAUGUUAUUCAAAUAUAUUAACUACCAUCUAAUUGUUCUAAGCUUAUUAAUCUAUUUUCUUUAAUUUAAAAACAAGUUAAUUAUAAUUAUUAUUAGAUGUGAAAUGACUAUCUAUUCAUACCCUAUUUUUUAAUUUGUUAGUUAACAAUGCACAUCAUACACGGUAUGGCUUACAGUAUGGCAUAAGUAUAUAUAGUGUUCCGAAUUUGCGCCCUUAGUUUGAUCAAUCAUUAUAACCAAAUCAUUCAUUCAAUUUCAAUCAGUCAUUGUCUAAGGAUAUGAGGUUUUUGGACACAAAAAAACAAAUUACGAAUGUAUAUGUAAUGUAUGAUCGAGAUCUCUCUUUUUCUACUAAAUAAAAAUAAACUUGAUAAAUGUUGUUCUAGGAAGCCCUGUCAGCAAAAACGCAAGAUUUUUGUACAAAAUAGUAAAAGAUAAUUUAGAUAAACGUAGGUAAUAUUAAUUAGUCUUAAGAUAGUUUUAGUUAAUGUAUGUUUUUACCUUAAGUAGCAUUACAAGAGCUACAUAGUCAUUAUAGUGACUAUGCUCUUUGAAAGAGAAUAAAAAAAAAUAAACAAUA